AUGGCGGUCUCUUCCUCAUCCGGCUCCAACUUCAUCGACUAUCCUUCUUCCCCUUCUUCUUCAAGCUCCUCCGUCUCCUCCCUCGACUCUAUUUCUGAGAGCCGGGAACCGAUGCUGGAGUACGACCCGACGGCAGCGUACGAGGCGCUCGCUCCCCUGCACUGGGAUGCAGAGGAGUUCGACUUCGGGAUCAUCUCCAAAGACGACGAGCCCAAAACCGAUGGCGAAGACCUCCGACUCCUGUUCCAGGAGGAACCGGAGAGCGGCAGUGACGAGGGCUUUUCCUGGGACGGAGCUGAUUCCUCCUCGGAAGAGGAGAUCGGCUCAUCCUCUAGUGGAGACGACCCGACGGAUGGGAACAACUUCCUGUUCCUUGGGUCCUCCGAAGAGGACAGUGAAGAAGAACGCAGCGGCGGCGGCGGUUGGAGCAGCGACGCCGAGACUGGUGGCGGCAGCAGUGCCGCCGCCGCCGCCGCCGACAGCGACGGCGACGACAAUAGCAACGGCGGAGAUGCACCGGCGCGAAGCCCAAAGUGCCGUAGGUACUAG